AUGCCCCUGGCUCUCCUCUCAGCUGGGCUGGGGGCAAUCGCACCCCCUCCCCAUGGGGCGAUUCCUAGGCGAGAUCAGGAACUAUUGCAAGGAGGGGACGGAAUAAGGCAGGGACCUUCCUGUUCCCAGCAAUCCCCCCGGCUUGUGUUGUGUUGUGUGUGCGCCUGGCAGCUGGGAGGGGAGCGCACAAAGAGACCCGCCGCCGGCCACUGCUGCCGCGGGGCCGCGUCUCCGGCUGCAGCCCCGGCCCCGGGAGGGGAUCGCCCCGGCCGGGCGCUGAGCGGGGGCGAGGAACAGCAGCCGAGGCAGGAAAUCGCUGCCCGGAGGCAGCGGCCGCGCAGCUCGCUCCACAUGACUGGGAUCAUGCCUGGCCCUGCACCAGGGUUCCCCGACCCGGCCGGGAUCUCCCGGCUGGAGCGAGGGGAAGAGCCCAGGGUCCCGGAUCUCCAGGGCUCCGAGGAAAGGGAGAUCCUGAGAGGUGUCCGCGCAGCAUGUGCCAGGACGGAGGAGAAUCUCCAGCGGGAAGGGCCUGCAGGAACGGAGUCUUACGGCAGCCCCAAGCAGGGGGAGGGCCGGCCCGACUGGGAGACAGUGUGCGAGAGCCCCCUGCAGGAGAUCCUGGUGCACCAGCGAACCCACAUGGGCGAGAAGCCCUACAAAUGCCCCGAGUGCGGGAAGAGCUUCCACCAGAGCUCCCACCUCAUCCGGCACCAGCGCAUCCACACCGGGGAGCGCCCCUACAAAUGCAGCGAGUGCGGCAAGGCCUUCAGCCAGAGCUCGCUGCUGACCCGCCACCAGCGCACCCACACCGGGGAGAGACCCUACAAAUGCCCCGACUGCGGGAAGAGCUUCAGCCGCGGCUCCAACCUCAGCCAGCACCAGCGCAUCCACACCGGGGAGCGCCCCUACAAAUGCAGCGAGUGCGGCAAGGCCUUCAGCCAGAGGUCGCUGCGGACCCGCCACCAGCGCACCCACACCGGGGAGCGGCCCUACCAAUGCGCCCAGUGCGGGAAGAGCUUCAGCCGCGGCUCCAACCUCAGCCAGCACCAGCGCAUCCACACCGGGGAGCGCCCCUACAAAUGCACCGAGUGCGGGAAGAGCUUCACGCUCAGCUCCCACCUGAUCCGCCACCAGCGCACGCACACGGGCGAGCGGCCCUACAAAUGCGCCGAGUGCGGCAAGGCCUUCGCCGAGAGCUCCCACCUGCGCCAGCACCGCCGCACCCACCGCUGCGAGCCGCCCUACAAGUGCCCUGAUUGCGGGCGCGCCUUCGCCCUGAGCCUGGACUUCGUGCAGCACGUGCGGGAGCACACGGAGCGCCGCCCCUACCGCUGCGGGGCCUGCGGUCGCUGCUUCCCCCUCAGCUCGGCCCUCUCGCAGCACCGCAAGAGCCACCACCGCCCCCCGGCCGCCCCUAAGGCCCACCCGUGCGGGGUGUGCGGGAAGGUGUUCGGGAAGAGUUCGCACCUGGUGACCCACCGGCGGGUGCACACGGGCGAGAAGCCCUUCGCCUGUGCGGAGUGCGGGCGCGGCUUCAGUCAGAGCGCCGACCUGGCGAAGCACCGGCGCACCCACACCGGCGAGCGGCCCUACCGCUGCCCCGAGUGCGGCAAGAGCUUCAGCGUCUCCUCCACCCUGGUCAAGCACCAGCGCAGCCACAAGGGAGAGCGGCCCUACCCGUGCCCCGAGUGCGGCAAGCGCUUCAGCCAGAGCUCCAACCUCAUGCAGCACCAGCGCAGCCACCGUGGGCACCGGCCCUACCACUGCACCGAGUGCGGCAAGGCCUUCGCCCAGAGCUCGGCCCUCCUGCAGCACCACCGCACGCACACCGGUGAGAAGCCCUUCACCUGCCUGCAGUGUGGCAAAAGUUUUGCCCGCAGCACCCUCCUGAUCCGGCACCAGCGGAUCCACACGGGCGAAAAGCCCUACAAGUGCGGGGAGUGCGGGAAGAGCUUCUACCAGAGCUCCAACCUGGCACAGCACUGGCGCACCCACACCGAGGAGAAACCCUACAGCUGCCCUGACUGCGGGCGCGGUUUCCGCCACAACGCCCACCUGGCGCAGCACCGGCGAACCCACACCGGCGAGCGCCCCUUCCCCUGCGCCCAGUGCGGCAAGGCCUUCAGCCAGCGCUCCAACCUGCUGCAGCACCGGCGCACCCACACCGGCGAGCGCCCCUUUGUCUGCACCCACUGUGGGAAGGGCUUCGGCGACAGCUCCAACCUGCUGCAGCACCUGCGCACCCACACGCCGGAGAGACCCUAUCAGUGCCCCGAGUGCGGGCGCAGCUUCCGCCACGGCAAGCACCUGACCCAGCACCGCUCCCUGCACACGGGCCAGAAAUCCCACUGCUGCCCGGACUGCGGGAAGGGCUUCAACUGGAGCUCCCACCUCGCCCAGCACCGGCGCAUCCACACCGGGGAGCGGCCCUACCAGUGCCCCCAGUGCGGGAAGGCGUUCACCCAGAGAUCCAACCUGCUGCAGCACCAGGCGCUCCAUCGCCCUGCCCAGGACCUGGCUGAGCAGCUGCAGAUGAGCCAUGUGGCUUAGGGGGCUGGGGUCAGAGGUCAUGCCAGAGAGGAGGGAGACCCGCCUCUCAGCAUGGGAUGCCUGGGAUUAAAGGUCUGACAAUGUCCGACACCCAGGACUCCCCCACAGCAUGGACACGCCAACUAGACCCCACUCGGACGUGCUGCUAGGGAAUGGGGGGUGAAUUAAACAGGCUCCCAGAGGGGAGUUAUUUGCUGGAGAGGAGAGCUGGGGAUUUUAUUAAUAAAGGGUGUAAAGUAA